AGAUACAAGCCAUUAGACAAGCCACUUUCUCCCCCAUCUCUCUCCUCCAAACUCAAAAAACCUACAAAACUCUUGCUGCUCCCUCCGUCGGAAUUCGGUCACCCACCACAGGCCCGACCCUGGCAAGAGCUAAUAUCUGUUUAAAACAUAAAAAGGUGGUAAAAUUUGAGCAGAAGCAGUAGCACAUCAAAUGUUGAGGAAAACAAUAGCAGCCAUCGCCGGCGGUUGCGCACACCAGCCAUGGUCCAGGAUAUCUCAGCGCCAUUCUUCCGUCGUAUCCUCCGCCGUCAACUCCAUGUUACUCCGCUCUCUCAAAGAACACUACCUUGAAGUUUCCAAGAUGGCCCCACCUCCGAAGGUGAAUCCACCUGCGGAGUUCACAAUUGUUAAGGGAGCAUUAGAUUCUAAUGGUCCAGUUUUGACAAGGUGUUAUAAAAACGAGGAAAUUAGCAUUUCUGUUAUGCGUUUAGCGAAUAUUGUUUCGGAUGAGGGUGAUAAUGAUAAUGAUGAUGGUGGUAUUAAUCAGUUGUUUGUUCAUAUUGAUGUAUCAAAGCCUGGGAUGGAUGAUUCUAUGCAUUUUCUUUGUGGGUUGUAUCCGGAUGCCUUGGGGAUUCACUCGGUUGCUCUUAGACCUAAGUCCUCUACGGACGGGUUUGUCAUCGUUCCCAACAAAUAUACCGGCCCUCUUUUUGAAGUUCUUGAUGAAACUACAAGAGAUGCCUUUCACAAUUAUAUUGAGGAACGUGGCAUAAACGAUAGCCUUUUUCCCUUCCUUCAAGCAUGGCUUUAUGUAAAGGAUCAUCGGAAUCUCAUGCGCUGGUUUCAAUCAGUUGGCAAGUUUGUUAAUGGACGUGAGAUUGCCAAAGCAACAGAUGCGGCAGUUGCUGGUUCUAGUGAAUCCAAGGUAGCUAAAGGUGCUUGAUAGUCGUAGCAACAUUUAGGGUUUUGUAUUUGAUAUCAAUUUGAGGAACAUGUACCUGUUUUAGCUUAGUUUACCAGUUUCUAAUGCAUUGUUUGGUUGAAGGUUUAGAGUAAAGGAACUAGUCAUCACACAUGUCACGCGUUGGAUGGGUCAAGCUUGAGUGUGUGGCGUGUUGCAGUUAUUGUAUGUUUUACCAAGCUAAGCUUGGCCUAGUGGUAAGGAAAGAAUUUACCAACCUCAAGGUUGGGUGUUCAAUCCUACUAGGGGCAGUGGGGCACUUUUGUAGAAGGUUUUCCCUUACCUUUCCCCUCAAUCUCAAAGUGUCUGCUUGCAAAUUCAGCUCAGAUUAACUUGCUAGAUGUGCCAAUUUAGUAGGGUCCUUCAUCUUA